AUGUACCGCAAUAUACGGGACAUCGCCAUCGCUAUACCACCCAAUGUCUUGACUGCCAAACAUCUCAAGUGUUUACUUGAGAUAAAUGGUUUGUUCAAUCCGAUGAGCGAGGUGCUUUUGUUCACUGAUAGUUGCAAUGUGCGCGAUGUGGCCUACCCCGAUGAUUAUAAAUUUGCCGAUUUAUACAAUACUAAUAAACAUCGGUAUAUAUUCAUUACGAAAAGAGCUGAACCAUACGUGAACUCACAAACCUCAGGUCCGAGUGAAGAGUCGGACCGAAAGUGUCGUGAAUUGUGUGAAGAGAUGUCGGCUCUGAAGGCAAGCAAUGAGUCCGAAGUGAAGGCAUUGGAAGCACAGCUCAAGUCAGCCAUCGAUUCAAUGCAGACAAUGGAGAAAGAAAUCAAUGAUUUAAGACAAAAUUUGAGUGAAAUGUCACUAAAAAACAGUGAAUUGAGUGAAGAGUUGUUGGCAUUGAAGGCAUCCAAACAUAUCAUUGAAUCCGAUGUCAAACAAUUGCCACAAGAAAUGAAUGCACAGAAUAUUAGUUGUUCAGCGAGUGUUCCACAGGACAUGUCCUCCAGUUGUUCAUCGAUCGGAUCCCACAAUCAAUUGACCACUAAUUCAGACAAAACCAGAGAUCAGAUCAAUAAUCAGGAGAUAAUGACUGAAAUGAGGGAUCAAAUCAAAGAUCAAAACAGAUUAACAAACGAUUUAUUGAAUGAGGAAAUGUUGACAGAAAUCAAAGUAAUCAGAGAUGAUCUGAAAAAUGUCAACAGACAGAUGAGUUUUGGCUUACGU